AUGCAUACUAUAGUGUCAGUGUGGCAGAGGAACAUAGAAAGUUUCUUAGAUUCAUAUGGAAAAAUAAGAUUUAUCAGAAUACUUGUCUCGCUCAAGUUAGCUAGUGCACCUAGACUCUUUACAAAACUACUGAAGCCUGUUUUUGCAACACUUAGAAGACUAGGACAUGUCAUUAUUGGGUAUAUUGAUGACUCGUUACUGAUUGGCAAUUGUAUUAAAGAGUGUUUAGAUCAUGUUUCUGAAACUUUAGCCCUAGUAGAGAGUCUAGGGUUUGUAGUCAAUUAUGAGAAGUCUGUUCUCACACCUAGUACAAAAAUCAUUUUCUUAGGAAAUGUUAUUGAUUCUGAAUUGAUGAUAGUUUAUCUUACUGAAGAAAGAAAGGAAUCUAUUUUAGAGGCAUGUAAAAAAUUACAAACAAAAUCAAGAGAAAAAAUUAGAGAAGUUGCAAAGGUCAUUGGACUGGUCGUUGCUAGUUUUUCAGCAGUAGAAUUUGGUCAGCUGUUUUAUCGUGAUAUGGAAAGAGCAAAAACUGAUGCACUUGUACAAUCACAACAUGACUAUGAUGCUUUCAUGUUUAUAACAAAAGAAAUGAAAUUAGAAUUAGAUUGGUGGAUUUCUAAUAUUUCUUCAUCAGUUAGAAGAAUUUUGCAUGAACCCUAUGAUCUUACAAUAACUUCUGAUGCUUCUCAUCUUGGAUGGGGUGCUGUUAUGAAUGAAUUGAAAUCAGGGGGUAGAUGGACAACAGAUGAAUCUGAAAAUCAUAUCAAUUACUUAGAAUUAUUAGCCUGCUUUUUUGGGUUAAAGUGCUUUUGUUCUGAUGUAACAAAUAAAUAUGUCAAAUUAUUUAUGGACAAUACCACAGCUAUUUCCUACAUCAAUAACAUGGGUGGUAUUAGUUCUAAAAAAUGUGAUAAACUUGCAAAAGAAAUUUGGCUAUGGAGUAUGAAUAGGGAUCUGUGGUUAAGUGCAUGGCACAUACCUGGCAAAGAUAAUUUGAUAGCAGAUAUGAUGUCGCGAAAAUUUGAUGAUCAAAUAGAAUGGAUGUUGAGCAAAUCUGUGUUCCAUAAAAUUGUUUUAAGAUGGGGACAACCUGAAAUUGAUUUGUUUGCUACAAGGUUGAAUAAGCAAAUUGAUGUAUAUUGUUCUUGGCAUCCAGAUCCAGAUGCCCGUUAUGUUAAUGCAUUUAGUUUUUCUUGGGCAAACAUUUAUGGUUAUCUUAACCCUCCUUUCAGCCUCAUUGGACGUGUGGUGAGGAAGAUUUGUCAGGACCAAGCAGAGUGUGUACUGGUGGCUCCAGUGUGGCCAACACAGCCAUGGUUCAAUCGUGUGUUAGAAAAACUGGUGGAUCAUCCGGUGAUUUUACCUGUGAUGGACAAUCUGUUGACACUUCCAGGCACAGAUGUGCAGCAUCCUCUGAAAGACUCGUUGGUGCUGAUGGCAUGUCGAUUGUCCGGUUGCAGUACCAAAAACGAGGAAUUUCUCAUCAAGCAGCCUCGAUCCUUUUGGCAUCAUGGAAGUCGGGAACCAAGAAACAAUAUAAAACAUUUUAUACGCGAUGUUCUCGGUACAAAUAAAACAGCUGUUACUGCCAAACUUAGAGCAUUGACAACCAAUAUGGAUCAAAGCUACACGUGCAAGAAAGAGUCUACAUUUAACAUUCAGAAUGGCAUAUCUAUGGUUACCAAGGAUCUUCAUUUUCAAGCUUUCAAAACUGAAAAUUCAACUGCUUUCAGUGCGGCAGUCUACUGUAAGGACAGUGGAGAUAAUUACAUCCUGUUAAUUUCUACAGGAGCAGCAUUAGGAGGACUUCUACUUUUAGUCAUCGUGGCUGUUAUUGUAUUUAAGAAGCGUCAGAGUUAUGAACAAUUAACGCAUUGA